ACGAGCCCCCUCCCCGGGCCCUUCGUGCCCCAAGCGGGGGCUCAUUGCCCCCGUUUCUCCCCUCUCGGCCUGAGAUGAGGCCUUCUUUCCUCCUGUGUCUGUCACCGCUCGGUCUGCUCUCACGUGACGCGCAGGGCAGGCCCGCGCCUGGGGCGGAGGUUACAGGGAGCUCCCGCCCUUUGACCCCUGCGGCCCGGGGGUCCGGAGGGCAGCUCCGGGGACCUUCUGUCAUCCACGGGGCGGCGGGUCCGCCCGGGCUUCGCCCUACCUGCUUCCCGAGUAGGGUCGCUGCCUUCGUGGUGUCAACAGAUUAACGUGGUGCCAUGCAGCAAGAAGCAGAGACAUGCAGAGUUCGAACCAGAAGGCCUGACAUGGCACUUUAUGUCCCUAAAGCUCGAAGGGACGCAGUGCUUCUCAGGACAGGUGACAAGAAAAAGUGUUGUGAGCCACCUGACCCUGUAGUGAAAGAACAAAUGGAAGGUUGUCUUUCCCCAAAGAAGAUCUUUGGCAAUAAACCCAAGGCUCAGAGACUAGGUGUUAGUCCUGACAGACAAGAGUGUAGCUAUAGGGAAGGAAAAAAGUCUUCAUCAAAAUUAAAGAAAGACAUGUGCCUUCAAAAAAAGCAUAAAGAUAAGAGAGGAACCAUAAAAUCCAAAGAACUACCAUCUCCAGAACAUCAUCACAGAUCCCCAGAUGCUGGGGUUGUCACUAGUAUACCUUUACAAAGACAUUUUAAACCAAAGGAAAUGGACUGUUUGGAAGUUCAGACUGCCGGGAUGACAGGACACAGAGGGGUUCUUGCAUCACAGUCUUAUUCAGAAGUCAGUGAUGCUCAAGCCCUGAGAAAACCAUUCCAGAAUGUUGAAUUUUGUGAUUUCAAUGGACAUGAACCAAGAGGGGAAAUUUUUGAAAACAGAAAUUUGGAAACCAGAAUUGAAACUGAGGCCAAAGUUGUGGAGAUAGUCUCCCAGUUUCCUGAGGUUUUUAUCACUAUGUUGAAACCAGAGAAUGUGACUAUACCAGUAAAACUAAGUUCUGAUUCUGAAAUUGUGCAACAAAGCAUGGAAACAUCAGAGGAGAUAGUGAAGCUCAGCAGUGGAAGCAUCUCUGCUAUGUCUGUUCCUGGAAGUUCCGAUGAUGUCAAUCCAGUUUGCAUAGACUUUGAAGCUGAGAAUGAUAAAACCAACAGCACAGGUUCUGUCUUGGAUCAGAAAGGUGUAGAUUUUGUUCCUGAGAGCAUGGGUAACUGUUCUUAUAAAAUGGCUAUAGUCAGCAAAUUAGAGAGCACAAAUGGCAUUAUUGAUCCAGCAGUGAUUAGAGAAUGUGAAAGUGACAGCACUGCUGAAGAGUUGUGUGUAAAGCGUGAGCCUUCUGAUGCAACUGCUCUUGCUCAUGAAAUAGAUACAGAUAGUGAAUUUAAGAGUUCAGGCGACACUACCAGUAAGCCGUCUGUGAUGGACACUGCAGGUAUAGCUUGUCAUCGUAUAACUGUAGGCAGCCCUUGUAUAGUUUCAGUUAGAGAAUCUAAUGAGACUUAUAGCAGUACAAGUAAUUUCUCAGAUUACAUAGAAAUGAUUGCAGGUGCUGCCCCUCUUCGUGUAGCUAAAAGUGAGAAUGACUCUGAAAAUGCUAGCAACCCAACUGCUUGCUCAGAUAUUUGUGCUGAGAGUAUUUCAUCUAGUUUUACAGAGUCAACAGGAAAGUUGAUAGAGAACUUGUCAGAUUGUGUUUCCUCCUUGCCUAUUAAGAAGAUUGCUGAUAGUAAUUGUAACGCUGUUUUGGAUUCUGAACUGAGUAUGUCAAAUGGGACAAAAGUGCUUUUGGAGAGUGACUUGGGCAGUGAUCCAGAUAGUACUGGUGAUACAACAGAGGCACUGAAUGAACUAAGGACUCCUGAAGACUUUAAAACAAAAGAGGAAGAUGACUCAGAUAAUAUAGAAAGUGGUAUAUCAUUUUCUGAUAGAGAUUCAUCCUUGGAAACAUCCAUAGAUAUAAAAGCAACUGAAACUUCUUCCGUACAAGGAAGUAUUGCUACUGGGGAGAGCUGGGAGUCUCUGUUCAAUGAUGAUGGUGACUGUGUGGAUCCGCAUCUUCAACAAGAGUUAUUAGGGAAUAUGAAGAACAGAGAAAGCAUCCAAGAACCUAGAUUUGAUUAUUACAACCAUGAAGUUCCUGAUAUUGACCUCAGUGAAUGCGAAUUCCCACAUGUCAUCGAAAUUUAUGACUUUCCUCAAGAAUUCCGUACAGAAGAUCUUCUACGGGUUUUCUGCAGUUACCAAAAGAAAGGAUUUGAUAUUAAAUGGGUAGAUGAUACACAUGCCCUAGGAGUAUUCUCCAGUCCAAUUACAGCUCGUGAUGCUUUGGGUAUUAAACAUACCAUGCUGAAGAUCCGCCCCUUGUCACAGGCCACAAGAGCAGCCAAGGCCAAAGCUAAAGCUUAUGCUGAGUUCCUCCAACCAGCAAAGGAGAGACCUGAGACGUCAGCAGCAUUAGCCAGAAGGCUAGUCAUCAGUGCUCUUGGGGUUCGUGGUAAACAGAGCAAAGCUGAACGGGAAGCAGAGCUCAAAAAACUGCAGGAAGCCCGAGAGAGAAAACGGUUGGAAGCCAAGCAACGGGAAGACAUCUGGGAAGGUAGAGGCCAGUCUGCAGUUUGAACAUCACUUAAUGAAAGGAAUGAUUCCAUGAAUUAGGAAAUGUUUCCACUCUUCAUACAAGAAGAACCUUCCAGAGUUGUGCACAUGCAGAUGAGCAUGUUAAAGAAGAAGUGAACAUGGCAAAGACUGGCAGAGUAUAGGGAGGAGACAGACUCCUAUCCUCACUCCUAAGUACAGGUCUUCAGAAUUGUCCUACUGUGAUGGAUAUAAAAAAAGAGAGUCACCAUGUGGGAAGAAACAGGGAAGAACUGGCUUCCAAGAGUAUUCUGGAUACAACAGGUCACAUUAGUGUGGGUCACACUUCUAAGCAGUCUAAAGCAAAUACCAGACAACAGAGGACUCAAGCCUGCAGUGAUAGGAGUUGAAGGCCUUUAGCAGCAGGUUACUCCUUAGUACCUCACAAGUGGACAGCAGAGGAGGAUGGGUAGGAAUCAGUCCACACAGAGACAGCACACAGAGACAGAAUAGCGUCUGCUGUACUUGGCAUACACGGAAUCUACAUUACUGGUUCCAGAACUCCAAAGCUGGGGGACAGCAGAUGUGGGUAUUUGGACUCCUGAGUUUGUACUAAGCUUGAUGCCUGGGGCUGCUCCAGCUGCACAGCAGCCGGGUCGGGGGGAGCUGCCACUUUCAUUCCUCUUAGUAAGCCAAUCCUGGGGAGCUGUGUGCCAGCUCUAAUUCAGGCAGUAGUAUGUUGUGAGAGGGAGACAUUAAAGCCUAUUUUGUGAUAUAAGUCA